AUGGCCGACAAGGGGACCCCGGAGAAGAUGCAGACAGUGGCGAACGCUGCGGAUGACCACGACGAUGUUGAGGUUGUUAAUGCCUCGGGUCAUAAGCAGGAACUGGAGCGGAACUUCAGUCUGGUCAGUAUCUGUGCUACUGCCGUCACAACUGGAAAUACCUGGACUGCCGCGGGAGGCAGUAUUACUGCGUCGCUAAGCAAUGGAGGACCUCCUGGUGCACUUUAUGAAUUUAUUGCGGUUUCAGUCUGCUAUUGGUUGGUAGCGUCUUCUAUCGCCGAAUUGGCGUCUGCAAUGCCGUCGUCUAGUGGUGUGUACCAUUGGGCCUCUAUCACUGCGGGCAAAUAUGGUCGUCCGUGCGGUUUCUUUGCUGGCUGGUGGAACGCUCUGGCCUGGGUUUUCGGGGCUGCUUCCAUGGCUGCCAUCCUCGGAAACCAGACGGUGUCGAUGUAUGCGUUGUUCCAUCCGGACUUCACACCCCAGGCGUGGCAUGUCUUCGUGAGCUUCAUCAGCUGCUCAUUCAUCUGCUGCGCUACGGUUUUGUUCGCGAAUAGAGCCCUUCCCGUGAUCAGCAAUCUUGGAGGCUUCUUCAUCCUGGCGGGAGUAUUCAUCACCAUCAUUGUCUGCGCAGUUAUGCCUCAUGUCACUGGCGCCGGUUAUCUACCCUCGCACACCGUCUGGCGUGACUGGGACAACCUGACAGGCUACUCCAGCCAGGGUUUCGUUUUCGUUGCCGGUAUGCUUAAUGGAGCGUACAGUGUGGGCAAUCCAGAUAUUUCCACCCAUCUUGCUGAGGAGAUCCCAAGGCCUAGCAAGAAUGUCCCCAAAGCCGUCCUGGCCCAGAUGGCUAUUGGCUUCGUUACGGGAUUCCUUUAUCUGGUCGCUAUAUUAUACUCAAUUCACGAUCUCGACGCAGUCAUGGGCAGCUCAUAUAACUUCCCUAUCGCUGAGAUUUACCUGCAGGCCACGGGAAGCAAGGGAGGAGCGCUUGGUCUGCUUAUCAUUGCAUUCAUUCCGACAGUUAUCACAUGCAUUGGUUGUUACAUGACGGCCGGACGCACUCUGUGGACGCUCUCUCGCGACCGUGCGACGCCCUUCCCUAGCUGGUUGAGCCAUAUCAACCCGAAGACGCAAAAUCCGUUCAACGCCACCCUCGUGUGCGGUGUUGUCGUUACUAUCCUGGCGUGCAUCUACGUCGGUUCGACGACUGCUUUCCAGGCCUUCAUUGGAUCAUUCGUGCAACUUUCCAGUCUCUCUUACCUGGCCGCCAUUCUGCCCCAUCUUCUCACCAAGCGGUCAUCAGUCACACCAGGUCAUUUCUGGAUGGGACGCAUUGGUUUUAUUGUCAACCUCCUGUCCUCUAUCUACAUCGCCGCCUUUGUCGUCAUUUUCUGCUUCCCGUACGCCCUCCCGACAGAUGCGGGUUCGAUGAACUAUGCCUGCCUGAUCACCGGCGGUCUCACCAUUUUCGUGGGCGCCUGGUGGCUCGUCCGGAUGCGCACUUAUAAGGGGCCGUCAUCCAUCCCAUUGACCGACAAGAUCAUCCCCGAGGAUGCGAUAUAA